GAAACACCAAAAGCAGAGAAAUCCAUGCUGAAGGACCCCCGGACCAGCACCAGUUCCUGAGCAUCUUUCCCGGGCUGAGCAGCAGAGACUCCUCAGGAAGACUCACUGGACUGUACCCACCACCUGCCAUGUCUCUGUGGCCACCUUUCCGAUGCAGAUGGAAGCUGGCGCCAAGGUACUCUAGGAGGGCGUCUCCACAGCAACCCCAACAGGACUUUGAGGCCCUGCUGGCAGAGUGCCUGAGGAAUGGCUGCCUCUUUGAAGACACCAGCUUCCCGGCCACCCUGAGCUCCAUCGGCAGUGGCUCCCUGCUGCAGAAGCUGCCACCCCGCCUGCAGUGGAAGAGGCCCCCGGAGCUGCACAGCAAUCCCCAGUUUUAUUUUGCCAAGGCCAAAAGGCUGGAUCUGUGCCAGGGGAUAGUAGGAGACUGCUGGUUCUUGGCUGCUUUGCAAGCUCUGGCCUUGCACCAGGACAUCCUGAGCCGGGUUGUUCCCCUGAAUCAGAGUUUCACUGAGAAGUAUGCUGGCAUCUUCCGGUUCUGGUUCUGGCACUAUGGGAACUGGGUUCCUGUGGUGAUCGAUGACCGUCUGCCUGUGAAUGAGGCUGGCCAGCUGGUCUUUGUCUCCUCCACCUAUAAGAACUUGUUCUGGGGAGCACUUCUGGAAAAGGCCUAUGCCAAGCUCUCUGGUUCCUAUGAAGACUUGCAGUCAGGACAGGUGUCUGAAGCUCUUGUAGACUUCACUGGAGGGGUGACAAUGACCAUCAACCUGGCAGAAGCCCAUGGCAACCUCUGGGACAUCCUCAUCAAAGCCACCUACAACAGAACCCUCAUUGGCUGCCAGACCCACUCAGGGGAGAAGAUUCUGGAGAAUGGGCUGGUGGAAGGCCAUGCCUAUACUCUCACAGGAAUCAGGAAGGUGACCUGCAAACAUAGACCUGAAUAUCUCGUCAAGCUACGGAACCCCUGGGGAAAGGUGGAAUGGAAAGGAGACUGGAGUGACAGUUCAAGUAAAUGGGAGCUGCUGAGCCCCAAGGAGAAGAUUCUGCUUCUGAGGAAAGACAAUGACGGAGAAUUCUGGAUGACGCUGCAGGACUUUAAAACACAUUUCGUGCUCCUGGUUAUCUGUAAACUGACCCCAGGCCUGUUGAGCCAGGAGGCGGCCCAGAAGUGGACGUACACCAUGCGGGAGGGGAGAUGGGAGAAGCGGAGCACAGCUGGUGGCCAGAGGCAGUUGCUGCAGGACACAUUUUGGAAGAACCCGCAGUUCCUGCUGUCUGUCUGGAGGCCCGAGGAGGGCAGGAGAUCCCUGAGGCCCUGCAGCGUGCUGGUGUCCCUGCUCCAGAAGCCCAGGCACAGGUGCCGCAAGCGGAAGCCUCUCCUCACCAUUGGCUUCUACCUCUAUAGGAUGAACAAGUACCAUGAUGACCAGAGGAGACUGCCCCCUGAGUUCUUCCAGAGAAACACUCCUCUGAGCCAGCCUGAUAGGUUUCUCAAGGAGAAAGAAGUGAGUCAGGAGCUGUGUCUGGAACCAGGGACGUACCUCAUCGUGCCCUGCAUAUUGGAGGCCCACCAGAAGUCAGAGUUCGUCCUCAGGGUCUUCUCCAGGAAGCACAUCUUUUAUGAAAUUGGCAGCAAUUCUGGUGUCGUCUUCUCAAAGGAGAUAGAAGACCAAAAUGAAAGGCAGAAUGAAUUCUUCACCAAAUUCUUUGAAAAGUAUCCAGAGAUUAAUGCAGUUCAGCUUCAGUACCUCCUGAACCAGAUGACCUGGUCAAAUAUGGGGAGCAGACAGCCCUUCUUUAGCCUGGGAGCCUGCCAGGGGAUCCUGGCCUUACUGGACCUUAAUGCAUCAGGUACUAUGAGCAUCCAGGAAUUCAGGGACCUGUGGAAGCAGCUGAAGCUCUCUCAGAAGGUUUUCCACAAGCAAGACCGUGGGUCAGGAUACCUGAACUGGGAGCAGCUGCACGCUGCCAUGAGGGAGGCAGGAAUCAUGCUCAGUGAUGACGUCUGUCAGCUGAUGCUCAUCCGCUACGGCGGCCCCCGCCUCCAGAUGGACUUUGUCAGUUUCAUCCACUUGAUGCUGCGUGUAGAGAACAUGGAGGAUGUCUUCCAAAACUUAACCCAAGAUGGCAAAGGGAUAUACCUCCAGAAGCCAGAGUGGAUGAUGAUGGCACUGUACUCCUGAGAAGGCUGAGUCUUACCUGCCCUCACUGAAGACUCUGCAUGUGGCCCAAGAGCAGCCUUUGGCUGAGACCAACCCAUGCCCACCCUACUUACUGAUCUUCAGGACUGCCUCACUAGC